GCAGAUAUGACAUUUCAUCGACAUUAGAGAUAUCGCCUGUGUUUAAGAAGAACAGAAAGUCUGGUAACGUUUCGAUAAUGAGCUCUCGAUUAUUUUUCUUUUUAUUCAGACCGAUAAUAAUCAGAUCACGUGGUGCGGGAAGUCUGUCUGUGCCCAAAACAUUCUGUCCUGCUAGAGUCAAAUAUGAGGCGGCACAGAAAGGAGCCCCAAACACCUCCUUACACUUCACUAAUUCUUUACUGGGGUCACAGAAUGGAGGCAGAUUGAGUUCCUGCAGGAGCUUCACAACCUCGGAGUGCAGGACUGAAGCCAUUGGACAAGUGCAGUCAACGCACUAUCAACUGGUGUACACCUGCAAAGUGUGCUCCACUCGCUCCACGAAGAAAAUAUCCAAGAUAGCCUAUCACAAGGGUGUCGUCAUAGUAACGUGUCCUGGAUGCAACAACCAUCACGUCAUCGCUGAUAAUCUGAACUGGUUUUCUGACCUGGAGGGGAAAAGAAACAUCGAGGAGAUCCUGGCUGCUAAAGGAGAAUCAGUCCGAAGAGUUCAAGGGGACGAGGCCUUGGAAAUUGUUGCAGAGGAAUCAAUAAAGGAGACGUCAAGAAAUAAUCCAGAUGAACAGAAACCCCCACAUCUGAGCGACGGGUCGGACAAAACAUGACUGACAUUUAUAUUGACUGUCUGAAACUACCAGUUCAGGUCUAGCAAUUACCAAGAGCUGUUCAUUGUAUUAUAUCGUUGUUAUAGUUUUUAUAUUCUUAUUAAAGCACUGAAAAACAA